AUGGAUACACUGUCGAUUCGUGUUCAACAAAGAAAUAAAGAUAUGACACAGUUAUUGAAAAAGUUUUUAGUUAUUCAAAAAAAUCCUUAUGAUGAUGAAUUAAAUCCUAAUGGAGUAUGUAACUGUGGUGUUGCAGAAAAUUAUUUAUGUGAAAAUGAAUUAAUUUCAAAACUUCAAUCAAUUCAAAUAUGGAAAACAAAUUAUAUGUAUUAUCCAUAUCCAUCAGGUCAAAAAUCAUUACGACAAACUUUAUGUAAUUUUUUUCAAAGAACUUUUCAACUUAAUUAUGAACUCGAUCCAGAUCGAAUGAUGAUUUCAAGUGGAUUAACUGGUAUUAUUUCACUGUUAGGUUAUCUUAUAGGCGAUAUGGAUGAUGUUUUUCUCAUAUCAUCACCUUAUUAUACUGCAUUUGAUCAUGACAUAGCAGCUUUCUCAAAUUGUGCUAUAUUUCGAUGUCCAUUACUUGAACAAGACAGUGGAAAAUUUAUAUUUUCAGUUGAAAUUUAUAAACGUGGUUAUGAAGAAGCAAUAAAUCAAGGUCUUCAGCCACGUGGAAUUAUUAUUCUUAAUCCAAAUAAUCCUAUUGGAGAUAUAUAUGAUGAACAAACAAUUCAACCUAUUUUAGAAUUUGCAGCUCAAAAAAAAUUACAUGUUAUUAUAGAUGAAAUUUAUGCAUUAAGUAUAUUUGAAAAUCAAAAACCAUUUCAAUCAAUAUUAAAUUAUAAAUCAAUAAUUGAUCCAAAACGUACACAUUUUCUUUGGUCAUUAAGUAAAGAUUUUUCAUUAAGUGGUUUACGNAAUAUAAUCUAG